UUGAGGGGAGAGAGAAAUGGAGAUGGAGAGGAAGGAGAGAGGGAGGGAGAGGGAGAAGGGGGGAGUGUAGAGAGGAGUGUCACAGAAAGAAGUGAGGUCAAACCUGCUCCAGAGAUAGAGGUGGUUGACAGGAGUGUCCCUGAGAAGAGUGAGACAGAGGGUGAGAGCGCAGUCAAGGCAAGAGGGGGUGAGACAGGCAGUGAGGCACAAAGUGAAGGUGUCACACAGAGUAAGCUGCAGAGUGAGAGGCAGGGGGAAGGUGAAGGAGAGAGUGUCCUGGGGAGUGAGACAGUGGGGGUGAGCUGUGAGGGGAGUGAGGCAGUGGGAGUGAGCUGUGAGGGGAGUGAGGCAGUGGUGGUGAGCUGUGAGGGGAGUGAGAUGGGACCAGAGGUUGCAGAGAGAGACACAAGCCAGGUGAAGAGUGAGACUGAGGGGAAGGAGGAAGAGGAGGGGAGGGAGAGUGAAGGAGAGUCAGGGGGAGGGGCUGCGGGAGGAGCACGAGGAAGGGCAGACGGAGGAGCGGUCAGUCCUGAUUCUGCCGUGCCCCCCACUCACACUCUGCUUCCUAGAGCAGCCGAGCUCCAGGCUCGCAGAUUAACCCCUGACCUCCCGGAGAGCUUGUUUGAGUUGCUGUUCCAGUCUCAGGGUCGGCGCCUCAAUGACCAGCGCUGCUCUUUCCGGAGGGAGCGGGGGAGGGAGGGGCUGCAGAGAGGCUGGCAGUCCGAGCCGAGCACCCCCGUCGAGAAGCGCAGAGAAGUCUUCUUCUCCUCGAUGACCUCGCUGCAGACGGAGGAGUUCUUCGAGAUGGUGGCAAACUCGCAGGGGCGUCGCCUGGACAACCAGAGGGCGGAGCUACAGGAGCCCCCUCCCCCCUCCGCCCCAGCCUGUGAGAACGAGGCCACCGUAGAAGGGGCGGGGUCAGAGGAAGCGCCAAAUUUGGGCGUGACAGAGGGUGGAGCUGAGAAGAAAGCUGCAAAUGAGGAAUUGUACAGCAUGAUCCUGUCCUAUCAGGUGCAGGGUCGUAUUGAUGAGCAGCGCUCCCGUCCCCCUGGCCCGGUCGAUGAUGAGGGGUUCUUCUCUCUGCUGCUCCGGGUUCAAGGAGGGCGAAUGGAGGAGCAGAGGGUGGAGCUUCCAGAAGGACUCCUGCGUAGGGUCAACUCCCACUGAUCCACUUCCUGUCUGGAGACACACCCACUUCCGGUCUGAAAACAACAUAACUUCCUGUAUGGAGACACAUCACUUCCUGCCUGAGAACACACUUCCUGUAAAAACACUUUCUGUAUAGAUAUAUUUACAUUUCCUGUCUGGAGGAACACCCACCUCCUGUCUGAAAACGCGCUCACUUCCUGUCUGCUCCUCUUAUUGUCUGGAGAUCCUCACAAUCCCUUUUGGGGAAACCAGGAGAUCCACUUCCUGUGUGGAAUAUACUUCACUUCCUCUGAGCAUUAUUUCUCAUGAGUCUGACUUUCUGUGAAAAAAAAGUGUAACUUCCUGUAACAUACACUUUGAAAGUGACUUCCUGUGGCAUGUACCUCAUUUCCUGCGGUAUAUUUGCAGUGAUGUCGAAAGAAACAGUGACUCAGUAUUUCUUAAUGAAAUUGUUAUUUUUAAUAUUGCUUUCUCUACAACCUGUGUGAUUAUUGUGUGUGUGAGUGAAAAGAUUUGUAAAAAAUGAGGCAAAAUUAACAAAAUACAAUUUUAAUAAUUAUUACUCA